CGGCUGAAAUUUCAAUAUGGCAGCUCCCAUGAUUUGUUUGUGAGACGUGUCUAAAUUGACCUUAUUUUCGCUGUUAUCUUGCAAUCUACGGUGUGUCAUUACUAGAAAAUGAAGGCUACAGCUAAAACACCCCGUGCUGCAAUUAUCGGCAUUACAGUGACAUGUGUUUUUGGAAUUUUAUUAUCAAUAUAUGCUUAUCAUGUGGAGGCAAGUAUUCACAGUGAUCCAAGCUUCAGAGCUUUGUGUGACAUAUCCGAGAAGAUGAGCUGCUCAAAGGUAUUCAAUUCGAGAUAUGGCACUGGAUUUGGUUUGUUGGAGCAUAUUGUAGGAAAGGACAGCAUACUUAACCAGCCAAACAGUGUCUUUGGAGUUAUAUUCUACGUUGUCAUGGCAGCACUAGCUACAAACAUGUCAUACAGCUUGGUUGUACUUCAGCUGAUAACAGCGAUUGCGGGCGGGCUGGGAAGCGUCUAUCUUGCGUAUAUACUUGUUUUUAUUCUUGGAGACUUCUGUGUUGUCUGUGUAUCGACUUAUACUCUCAAUUUUAUAUUAAUUGUUUGCUCACUGAAAAAGUACAAUGCUGUCAGAAACAUUGCAGCUGUCAAGAAAGAGAAAAACAACAAGAAGAAAGCAAGUUAGGGGAAUUUUCUUUGUGGCUGCAUGUUGAUACUGGUUAUACUAAAUAUCUGUGUCUGUGAAUCAUUCUUUCGGAAAAUAAGGCAUAAACAGAACUACUGGAUUAUUGAUGGACCUGUUAUAUUUGUUUGUUACAGUACGUGGAAGAUCAAACUAUAUUUCACCAUGUAGACACCAGAUGCAGUAUUUUCACAACAUAUAAUGUAAAAACUGGUGUUCACAAGAAAUAAAUGGGCCGUUCCAUGAGAAAAUCUGUAUUAAAGACAAAAAAACAAAUAUUGAGAUAACAAAAUAAUCCUAAAAAACAAUCUUUUACCUUUCAGAUCUGAAAAUUUGAAGUAAUCAUCUUCAAUAUUUUAAGAGUUACAAGGCUUUUAAGUAAGUCACCGAAGGCAUUUUGAGAUGGGACUUUAAAAACGUCAUGAAAGUAAUAUGACAUCAUCAUGCAUGGCAUGCAUUUUUCAAGUCAUUAAUGCAACAAAUUAUGUAUAUCACUUGCUAAACGUCAUACAUUUGAAUAUUUAGGAACAGUUUAAAAUGGUUUUACUGAAAAAUAACUUAAACGUAUAUUUUUGGUUGCAUCACGAGCCUAGCUUUUAUCUAUACACCUCUGUAUUUUCAUAAUGCAUAGGUGCUUUGGAAUUUCCAUUGCCAUGACAACACAAAUAGCAUUUACUUGUAAGAUAUGGUAGAAUUUGAUAGGCCUUACAUAACUGUAUUACAAUGUACUUGUUUCUAGUUUCUGCAUGAUCAUAAGAAAAACAAUGUUAAUCCAGUAUUCAACAGUGAAUAAGCACACAGUUUUGGAAAGUACAAUGCAUGAUUUGUUUUAUAUUAACAUACAGUGAAAUCAUUAAUAUUCAUGGGGGACUAAUUUUCAUGGAUUUCGUGGUUGUGUCAAUCCACGAAAUUUAAUCCCAAUGAACAAGUAAAAUGCCAGUUCAUUUUAUGUUCAAAAGUUAAAAUCCACGAAUUCAUAAACCCAUGAAAUUGCCGUUUUGACUAAAACAACAAAAUUUCAUGCCCACGAUAUUAAAUGACUUUAUAGUACUGGUUAUGCGACAGACAAAUACAGAAAUCACCAUGUCAUUUGCAACUGUUUCUAUCAAAAAAGAAUGACUACUUUUGGGGUGUUUCUAAUGUUUGCUAGAAUAACUGGGUGUGAGUGUUGUAUCAAAAUGCCCAGAUGAAAUAUUUAUUCAUGGAAUUCUUUCCUUAAUUGCUUCAUGUUUUUCUUUUAAACACACCCCAAAAUGUGAUGCAUUAGAUUAGAUUUAGUCAGUUUACUUUAAAAGAUACUUAGUUGCAUUUUUACUUGUACUAAAUUACAUUAUGUUUAAUCACAGUGAAAUUACCAGAUAUAUUUCACUCAGUGUUUUAGUUUUUCACUGAAAAAGAAAUUGUACUACCCAGUAAGCCCUGAUCUCACUAUGACCCCUUCAAGGAUGAAUGGGUAUGUUGUUUUCCUCAGGGUCUGUUUGUUGGUCUGCCAGACUGUCCUUAGACCAUUUGGUUUCAGGUCAGUAAGUAGAGAAUGCUCUGUUUAAUUGUAGAAAAUAUAUGAUCAGUAUUUAGUAAAUGGGUGCUGAUUUAUUAUUGGGUCCUGGACUGACUAUAAAUGUUUUUUUAGCUCACCUGUCACAUAGUGACAAGGUGAGCUUUUGUGAUCACCCUUCGUCCGUCGUCUGUGCGUGCGUGCGUCAACAAUUUCUUAUCUGCACAAUAGUGGUUUCAUUUAUGAUUUUAUUUUAACCAAACUUGCACACAACUUGUAUCACCAUAAGGUCUCGGUUUCCUUUCUUGAACUGGCCAGAUCCCAUUAUGGGUUCCAGAGUUAUGGCCCCUAAAAGGGCCAAAAUUAGCUAUUUUGACCUUGUCUGCACAAUAGCAGCUUUAUUUAUGAUUUGAUUUUUACCAAACUGGCACACAACUUGUAUCACCAUAAGAUCUUGGUUCCUUUCUUGAACUGGCCAGAUUCCAUUAUGGGUUCCAGAGUUAUGGCCCCUAAAAGGGCCAAAAUUAGCUAUUUUGACCUUGUCUGCACAAUAGCAGCUUUAUUUAUGAUUUGAUUUUUACCAAACUUGCACACAACUUGUAUCACCAUAAGAUCUUGAUUCCUUUCUUGAACUGGCGAGAUUCCUUAAUGGGUUCCAGAGUGAUGGCCCCUGAAAGGGCCAAAAUUAGCUAUUUUGACAUUGUCUGCACAAUAGCAGCUUCAUUUAUGAUUUGAAUUUAAUCAAACUUGCACAAAACUUGUGUCACCAUAAGAUCUCGGUUCCUUUCUUGAACCGGCUAGAUCCCAUAAUGGGUUCCAGAGUUAUGGCCCCUGAAAGGGCCAAAAUUAGCUAUUUUGGCCUUGUCUGCACAAUCGCAGCUUCAUUUAUGAUUUGAUUUUAACCAAACUUGCACACAACUUGUAUCACCACAAGGUCUUGGUUCCUUUCUUGAACUGGCCAAAUUCCAUCAUGGGUUCCAGAGUUAUGGCCCAUUAAAGGUCCAAAAUUGGCUAUUUUGGCUUUUGCAGCCAUAUAGAGACUUCAUUUAUGGUUUUAUUUGAUACAAACUUCCAAAAUAUCUUCAACAACAAUAAUUCUUGGAUUCCAUGACAAACAGAUCCAAUUAUAGGUUCCAGAGUUAUUUUAUAUCUGAUUACCUCCCCUGAUUGUAAUCAAAAUGGAUUUAUAUCAGUAAGUACUUAUAGGACUUAUUUGAAAUUUCAUUAUUGUCAUUAGUUGGACUGAGACAAUCAGGGUAGAAUACUAUGGACUGAUUUUAUUUCAGAUUACCUCCCUUUAUUUCAAAUUAAAAUGGGUAUAUCUCCUUAACUAAUGAAGAUACUGAUCUGAAAUUUCAUUUAUGUCAACAGAUUUAUUUGGCAGAUCCUUCUUUUGUUCACUUACAAUAAUUUUUUUUAAUUACUUCCCUUUUAUGUUACUAUAAAUAGCUUAUUUUUAGUAACUUUUUUAUUAUUGGCCGUAGGGAAAAACCGAGACCACUUUUCUGUGGUACAACAUGGAUGGUACCUCCAAUUUUUAGGUGCAUUUUGACAUAUCUGUACCUUGUAAGAAUUUUUUUUUCUUUUUGGUUAAAUUUCUUCCCUUUGUUGUUCCUGUCCUUUGGACUUAGAUAUUUUUUCUGAGGACCUUCUUGUCCUCAAGUGCAAUGAUAACAGGUGAGCGCUAUAGGGCCAUCAUGGCCCUCUUGUUAUAAUUAUGUCUCCCACCACACAGUGGUGUGGGAGACAUAUUGAUUUACUCCAGUCUGUCUGUCUGUCACAAAGCUUGUCCGCACUCUAAGUCGAACAUUUCUCAUCCGAUUUUCACCAAACUUAAACAAAAUGUGUUUGACCAUAAGACCUCAGCCAAGUUCGAUAACUAGCUAAAUCUGCCAAGACACUUUGGAAUUAUGGCCCUUGACAAUAAUUUAUGAAUCACCUAGAUGUAUAAAAAUGCUGGUCUUCAUUCUCAGACAUGCACCAAAAACCAUUCAUCUUGUCCGCACUCUAAGUCGAAUAUUUCUCAUCCAAUCUUCACCAAACUUGAACAAAAUGUGUUUGACCAUAAGACCUCAGCCAAGUUCGAUAACUAGCUAAAUCGGCCAAGACACUUCGGAAUUAUGGCCCUUGACAAUAAUUUAUGAAUCACCUAGAUGCAUCAAAAUGCUGAAGUCUUCAUUCUCAAACAUGCACCAGAAACCAUUCAUCUUGUCUGCACUCUAAGUCAAACAUUUCGUAUCCGAUCUUCACCAAACUCGAACAAAAUGUGUUUGCAAAUAAGACCUUGGCCAAGUUCGAUAACUAGCCAAAUCGGUUAAGACACUUCGGAAUUAUGGCCCUUGACAAUAAUGAAUCACCUAGACUCAUAAAAAUGCUGAAGUCUUCAUUCUCAAACAUGCACCAAAAACCAUUCAUCUUGUAGACACUCCAAGUCAAACAUUUUUUAUCCGAUCUUCACCAAACUUAAACAAAAUGUGUAUGACCAUAAUUCCUCUCCCAGGUUCGAUAACUAGCAAAAUUGGCUUAGGCACUUCAGAAUUAUGGCCCUUGAAUUACUGAAAAUCAGCCAUAUUACUCUUCAAAGGUAUAUUUGUUGUGACUAAACAGUAUAAAAACACUGACUUAGUGUUUAGAUGAUUAGGCAGUUGUGGGAGACAUGCGCUUUUCUCAAAAGUAGCUCUAGUAUAUAUCAUCAUUAUUGACAAUACAAAUGCGCCGAAAGCCUAUGGUAUUUUCAAGUCUCAAACAUUGAACUGUAAAACUCUCUCUUUCUCACUCCAGAAUCUUUUCAGUCUCAAACAGUGGCCAGUAAAACUAAGUAGUGGUCAUAACAAGAGGGCCAAGAUGGCCCUAGGUCGCUCACCUGAGAAACACACCAUAACAGUGUAAACAUGUUUGACCUAGUGAUUUCACGGAAACAAAUAUUCUGGCCAAUUUUCAUUAAUGUGGUCUCUUGAGUUUAAACAAGUAUUUUCUUUGAUAUAAACUAGUGACCUAGUUUUUGACCCCAGAUGACCCAUAUUCAAAUAUGGCCUAGACUUCAUCAAGGCAAUCAUUCUGACCAAAAUUCAUGAAGAUCAAUUGAAAAAUACAGCCUCUAUCACAUACACAAGGUUUUUCUUUGAUUUGACCUAGUGACCUACUUUUAAACCCCAGUUGACCCAUAUUCGAACUGAACCUAGAUUUCAUCAAAGCAAUCAUUCUGACCAAAUUUCUUGAAGAUCAAUUGAAAAAUACACCUUCUAUCACAUACACAAGGUUUUUCUUUGAUUUGACCUAUUGACCUACUUCUUUACCCCAGAUGACCGAUAUUCAAACUUAACCUAGAUUUUAUCAAGGCAAAUAUUCCGACCAAAUUUCAUGAAGGUCAAUUGAAAAAUACAGCCUCUAUUGCAUACACAAGGUUUUUCUUUGAUUUGACCUAGUGACAUACUUUUUGACCCCAGAUGACCCAUAUUCGUACUGAUCCUAGAUUUCAUCAAGGCAAUCAUUCUGACUAAAUCUUAUGAAUAUCAGUUGAAAAAUACAGCUUCUAUCGCAUACACAAUGUUUUUCUUUGAUUUGACCUAGUGACCUAGUUUCUGACCACAGAUGACCCAUAUUCAAACUCGACCUAGAUUUCAUCAAGGCAAUCAUUCUGACUAAAUUUCAUGAAAAUCAGUUGAAAAAAUACAGCCUCUAUCGCAUACACAAGGUUUUUCUUUAAUUUGACCUAGUUUUUGACCCCAGAUGACCCAUUUUCAAACUCGACCUAGAUUUCAUCAAGGCAAUCAUUCUGACCAAAUUUCAUGAAGAACUAUUAAAAAUACAGCCUCUAUCGCAUACACAAGCUAUAUGUUGACAGAUGACAGACAGACAGACGCCGGACAUCGAGCGAUCACAAAAACUCACCUGAGCAUUUCAGUUGAAAAUCAACUAAAAUAGUCUUUAAUAUGAAAAUUAUGUUUUAUCUUAAUUCAGCACAUUUAAAACAUAAUGAAAAGUACAUUAGGGAAAAGUUCCAUCAGAGAAUGUUUACUUUACGGUAGCAUAAAUAAUUACAGUAAGGUUCUAGUGUUCUUUUUGGGUUGUUUUUGCUUUUCACAUCGUUUAUAUGGACAGUUUUCAUUUUCAUAAAAAAAAAAUAUUUAUCAUAGUACAAAUAAAAUGUGAAAAAGCCUGGAUCUUGAAUUUCCAUGUGGUAUUUUUUUCUUCAAAAUGAUCCCUGAUUCAUGAUUGUACUAGUUAGUGGAAUGUUUAACAGUUUUAUGCUUUAUUAUCAAUUCAUGUCUUAUGUUUUGUUAUGUAAAAACAGCUUGUGUAUACUUUGGUACGUUGAAUGCAUCUUGUGUUUAAAAAAAAUUGUGAUAAAAUGAAGUCUCAAAUACGUACUGUAUUAAUAAAUACUAUGACAUAUUGUUUGUAAUUUUUCGUUUGAUGUAUCCAUAACUUUUAUGUAUUUAUUAGAUCUGAGGUCCCUGUUGCCUUAUAUUUGUAGUGAAAAUAAUGAAUGUUGUUAUAGAUUUAGGUUUGUUGUAUUAACAAAAUUAAGAAAGAAGUUCUUUGAAUGAAGAACAUGGAGUAUAAUCCAGGUAAAUGCUAUUGCAGGACAAUAAGCUCAACAUUUACUAUUUUCGAAGAAAAGUUUGUUUUUACUGUAUCAUACUUGUAUUUUGUAAUGCAUUUAUUUGAUAUACUUCACCACAGGGAUUGCUGCAAUAUUUAUAAAAUGACUUCCCAUGAGUAAGUGAACCAUUUGUCUGUUAUAUUUAUAGAGCACCUGUGCAUAGCACAACAUAUUGUAACUUAAAAACCUAAAUCCUACAAAUAAAUAGAUAUUCAUGUAAGGUAAAGCUUAAAAUUUACAUGCAUAUUUUAAAAGAGCAGUGGCCAAAACAUACUGUAGUUUAUGGAAAGAGUAAGUUUACAAGAUCAAUCAAAGUUUUGAACCAGUAAUGCAGACAGUGCUCUAUAGAUAAUGCAGACAGUGCUCUAUAGAUAAUGCAGACAGUGCUCUAUAGAUAAUGCAGACAGUGCUCUAUAGAUAAUGCAGACAGUGCUCUAUAGAUGCAAAUGAUGGUUUCCUUUCCAAACCAUUAGCAGAAGUAUGUAUACAUGUGGUGAACCUGUGGAUUAUAUCACAGAAUCCGACAUAUUGAUUUUGUUUUCUAUCACUUGAUCUCUUAAUAAUUAUUGUAAAUAAUAAUAGAUACAAGCAUAAGGGAAUAAACACCACCACAUUGCUUUAGAGAUACAUAGUUUUUCAUAGAAACGCUUACAGAUAUGUUUUUUUCUUCAUAGAAAUGCUUUACAGAUAUGUUGUUUUUCAUGGAAACAUCUUUAAAUACUUAAAUCAAAUAUAGUACCAGUCCUAGCAUAGCUAGCUUAUAGUUUAAAGCAAUGUCCCAAAUAUGUAUUGUUUUAGAUAUUUGUACUGUUACAGUGCCUUUGUCAGUGUGAAUAAAAUAUCAGCACUUUA